AUUAAAUAAAUAGCCAAACCGCUUGCCAUACAAUGAGCGCAUACAGGCUCUAGCUGUGCAGCAGAGUGGGAGUUCUGGGAGUUCUGGGAAUUCUGGAUCAGCUUCCUUCAGUCUUUCACGCCCAGUUUGGACCGAGGAGCAGGAGAACAGCUGAGAGGAGCAGCCGCUCCCAGGCUGGAGGAGGACCGCUACCCAACUCCUCAGCGCCGCGGAUCAUGCGCCUCGGGUCGGACUGAAGCAUGUUCCUGCCGGGGCUCUUCCUCCUCUUCCUCCUCUCCGGUCCUACGGCGUGGGGCGUUCACGUGUCCUGGGAAAACUGGAGGUCUGCGCAGCUGAACAGCGGGGCUGAGUUCGAGCCGCCUGCCUCCAAGCCGCACAUCGUCUUCAUCCUGGUGGACGAUCAGGGCUUCCGGGAUGUGGGCUACCACGGGUCCGAGAUCAAAACCCCGAAUCUGGACCGACUGGCGGCGCAGGGAGUCAAGCUGGAGAACUACUACGUUCAGCCGCUGUGCAGCCCGUCCAGGAGCCAGCUGAUGACCGGCAGGUAUCAGAUCCACACGGGCCUCCAGCACUCGAUAAUUCGAGCCACCCAGCCCAACUGUCUGCCCGUUGAAGACGUCACCCUGCCCCAGAAACUCAGAGAGGCGGGUUACUCCACCCACAUGGUGGGGAAGUGGCACUUGGGUUUUUACAAACGCAGCUGCCUCCCCACCCAGCGGGGCUUCGACACUUUCUUCGGGUCCCUGCUUGGAAGCGGGGAUUACUACAGCCACUACAAGUGUGAAGGCGCCGGCAUGUGUGGCUAUGAUCUGUACGAGGGAGAGGAGGCUGCCUGGGAACAGGACCGUGGAUUAUACUCCACUGUGAUGUUCACUCGAAAGGCCAUCAACCUCUUGGCCAAUCACAACCCUCACAGCCAGCCGCUGUUUCUUUAUUUAGCCUACCAGGCGGUCCACUCCCCGCUGCAGGUUCCUGCUCGCUACGUGGAGCGCUACAAGGGAAUCCCCAACCCCCAUCGGCGUAAAUACGCCGCCAUGGUUUCCUGCCUGGAUGAAGCUAUUCACAACCUCACUCAAGCCCUGAAACAUUACGGUUACUAUGACAACACAGUUAUAGUUUACUCCACAGACAACGGGGGCCAGCCAUUGGCUGGUGGGAGCAACUGGCCCUUAAGGGGCAGUAAAGCCACUUACUGGGAGGGAGGCAUCAGGGGGGUGGGUUUUGUUCACAGCCCCCUACUAGUAAAGAAAGGCUCCAAAUGUCGAGGUUUGAUCCACAUAACUGACUGGUUUCCUACCCUGGUUACCCUCGGUGGGGGCACCUUAGAUGAAGACCUCAACCUGGACGGAUACGAUGUUUGGGAGGCUAUUAGCGAAGGUCGCCCUUCACCUCGCCUCGACAUAUUACACAACAUCGACCCAAUUUACACGAAAGCCAAAAACGGCUCCUGGAAGGCGGGAUACGGGUUAUGGAACACCGCCAUCCAGGCUGCGCUCCGUGUCGGUCACUGGAAGCUGCUGACGGGGGUGCCGGGGUACAGCGACUGGGUGCCUCCACAGACCUUCUCCAACCAGCGGUUGACCACUCGCCAUCACAAUGAGCGGGUGCGCUGGGACAGGGGCAAGUCCAUCUGGCUGUUCAACAUCACGGCCGAUCCUUACGAGCGAGUAGACCUGUCUCAGCGCUUCCCGCACAUUGUGAAGAAGAUGCUGAUGCGACUCGUUCAGUUCAACAAGACCGCUGUGCCGGUUCGCUACCCAGCCAAAGACCUGCGCUCCAACCCCCAGUACAAUGGAGGAGUGUGGGGCCCCUGGUUCAAGGACCAGAAGCAGAACUGGGAGGAGGAGGAGGAUGGAUACAAUAACAUGUUUACCAACCAUCUGACUAAAAGAUGGUGGAAGAACAAAUCCAAGAAGAGGAAGAUAAAACGCAGAGCAGAACAUGGAUAAAACACCUAAAACUGUCUUUGUUCAGGGAAAAAAUGUGGUUCGAGACCUCAACUGGACCUCAGGUCUACCCAGACACGUUCUAAGAUGUUCUAACUCUAGGAGACCUUAACUGGACCU